AUGCAGCUCGGGAGCGGUCGAUGGACCUGUAUACGUAGCUUGAUUUGGUUGACCCAACUGUGGACGGCAGGCGAGACGGGGUUCUUGGAGGACAACUUCCCAGCCAGCGUGUUGGAGGAAGCCAAAUUGACAACGGUUCAGCUGUUGGCCAAGUACAAAUAUCCGGGCGAAACCCACACCGUGACCACCGAGGACAAGUACGUGCUGCAGAUGCAUCGCAUUGCCCGACCAGGUGCGAAGCCUGUGCUGCUGAUGCACGGACUGCUGGACAGCUCAGCAACGUGGAUCCUGAUGGGCCCCCAUAGUGGUCUGGGGUAUUUCCUCUACGACGCUGGCUACGAUGUGUGGCUGGCGAAUGCUCGGGGCAAUUGUUACUCGCGAAGCCAUGUUAAACUCAAUCCCGACACGGACAAGGCCUACUGGAACUUCUCGUGGCACGAGAUCGGAUACUACGAUCUGCCCGCCCUAAUCGAUGCGGUGCUGGCCAAGACGGGCUACCAGAAGCUGAGCUACUUUGGCCACUCACAGGGCAGCACAAGCUUCUUCGUGAUGGCCUCCACUCGGCCGGAGUACAAUGCGAAGAUCAAUUUGAUGAGCGCCCUGGGUCCGGUGGUUUAUUGCGGCAAUAUGCGGAGUGAGUUCACAGGGCUCGUACAUCGCUUCAUCAAUAUCUUUGGAGAGGGAAAGGAGCUAUUGCCACACUCGAGUAAAUUGACUGGCUGCAUGAUGUCGGAAACUACUAUACAGACCUGUCUGUAUUACGUGUGGAAGGCGAUAGGCAGGGAUCCUGCUGAGUUUAAUAAGACUAUGAUACCAGCUAUGUUGAAUCAUUUGCCUUGUGGCGGUAGUUCCAACCAGCUCAUCCAUUAUAUGCAACUGUAUAAAUCCGCUCGCUUCUGUGCAUACGAUCAUGGGAAGGAGAAUCAUCGCAUUUAUGGACGAAGCAGACCCCCGGAUUAUCCUUUGGAAAAAGUAACUGCUCCUGUCGCCAUCUUUUACACCCAGAAUGAUUAUCUGAAUGCUCUGAAGGAUGUUAAACGGCUGAUCAAGCGACUGCCCAAUGUUGUAGAGGAUCACCUGUAUCCAUACAAGAAAUGGAACCACAUUGACAUGACAUGGGGCAUCAGCGCUAGGCGCCUGGCCCAUCCUGCCAUGCUGAAGGUCAUGCGGCGCUGUGAAGCGGGUGGACCACAGAAUGGAACUAAGUUAGCCACGACCGUAAGCCCCGUAAAGACUGCCAACAUGACAACUGUAACUGUGCUAAAGGCUGUGGGGACUUAGUCUGAGACGAUU